CAGGUAUCUAUCUGAGUUGCUGGCAGAGCGCCAGAAGCUUAGCCCUUUUUUGUCUGUGCUUCCACACAGCUAUCGGUUAUUGAACCAGGGAUGGAUUUCCAAUGGUUUAGGGAAUGUCUAACCUGAUCUACACUCAGCCUUCAUAAGACUUCAUGCCUUACAAAGUUUGCAAAUUUGUCUCUUUCCACACUUCCUCAUUGAGGAGGUUGGUGGUGUUGAAAAAGGUGCUUCCUUUGUUAGAUUUACUUGAAGAAGAUGAUUCAAAUUUUUUUGUUGCUUAUUUGAUCUGGGUGUUAACCAAUAUUUUGACUAAAAAGAGAACAUCUCUUUUUGGUAAUGGUAGUUAGGAUGAAAGUUCUUUGCUUUGGGUGUGUGUUGUGGACCACAUUCUUACCCAUCGGGGGGUAAUUAUUGUUUGUAAUUCUGUAUGAUGAAAUACAAUGUCCUCUGUAGAGUGUAAGCAUUGUGCUUCUGUAUGGUGAAAAGCAAUGUUUUGUGUGGAAUGCAAACAUUAUUGAAGAUGAUGGAGUUGCCUAGUUGCUUUUAAGAGAGUCCUUAUCUUGUUACUCUUUUUUGCCUUUUUUUUUAUAUAUUCAGUUACUCUUUUUCAGAAAAAAAAGAAAGAAAAUCAAAUCCAACGUAAACCACAAAGUAUUUAUUCCUCAUAUAAGACUUUGCCUCUCAUUCUUAGCUUUGUUAUAAAUUACUCAUUUUUCCUGUGAGGUGGAGCCUUGUAAUUUGGUGUGCCUCUACAAUGUCAAUAGGUGACUAAAUUGAACUAUGCCAGGGUUUAGGGAAUAGGGAUAACAAAAAUAUCUCUUUUAUGAGUCAGGUAUUCAAAUUUGAUUUUGAUGAUCUACUAAACUAAUGUUGUCAUAUAACUUGUGGAAAACCUAUUGAAUGACUUCUACUUUAAAAAACUUAUAAUACCUUAUCAUGCUUGAACUGCCAAACUAUGACAAAAUAUUUAAAGUCUAAAUUAAAUACUUAACUGAAAAAUCAGUUAGUUAUGUUAAAGAAAUGUAAUAGCAACAUGGUUAUCGAUAAUCAAUGAGAGCGAUGCUUGAGGAUACUGUUUGAUUAUAUUUUAUCACAUCAGAACUAUAUAUUCUUAGCAAUAGGGUACAAUUGUACAAAGAUCAUUGGAUGACAGGUGGCUUAAGCCUUUGUAUCUCAAUGGCCUAUGCACUACAGUACUUGUGCUCUGUUGUUAUCUUGGAGGUGUACUCAUCUUCAUUAUUCUGUUUCAAUAAGUGCCUUAGGCAUUUGUGGUUUGUGAAACAGUGAAAGUAUGGAGUGUGAAAUCUGAUAAAAAAUGGAUUCAUAAACUCAACAAUAUGGUCAAAUUGAUUUAUUGGAAAAAACAAUAUGGUCAAAUAGUGUCUGAAGGAAAAAGUCAUCUUUCUCCUAUGAUUGCAUGAGACACUAUAAGUGAAAGCAUAAGUCAAUGUAAGUGUUACCAUCUUGAUGAUUCUGUUGUAAUGAGUCCCUCUAACAUUUGGGCUAUGUGAAGCGUUGAAGCAUGGAUUGUGGCAUUUGAUGAACACUCCAAAAAUUAGGAUUCAUGAAACCAGAAAUAUGGGCAAAUAGUUUUUGAAGGAAUUAAUCAUUUCUCUCCUUUUUAUCAUUGUACGGGGUUUCUAUUAUGAAAGUAUAAAUAAAUGUAGGCAUUAUUAUCUUUCCACCUUGAAGUUUUUUCUGGAAAUUGGAAAAUAUUGAACUCGUAAAAUUUGUUACAUUAUUAUCUUCAUAACCCAGAAGGUUUUUGAACAAAAUGGUUGUACUUGUAAUGCUUUAUCUUGAACAAUUAAGAAAAGAAGAACAGAAUAAAGCCUUUUAUCUGGAACCCCUGGAAUGUUGGAUUUUGGUUAAUGUCCAAAUGGAUGCUCUAUUUGUUUAAGAGAGCCCUGUGGAUGCAAGUAAAUUUAUCUUAUGGUAGGAGAAAACAUGAAAGGGAAGAAAGGAAAGACCACGCAGAUCCCAGAAGAGAGAAGAAAGAGAAGAAAAAUCAAUCAUUUCAAAAUUUCUUUUUUUCAUUGUUAAGAAAAUUUUAUUUGGGAUAGUGAAAGAUGGGUUUUAUUCAAAAAAGCCCCAUCAUGGUAUCACCUAGCUUUUCCUUGACACCUUGAAACAAAUGCCUCUGGGGUCCACUCCCUUUGACAAUCAAGAAAUGUAAAGAUAGCUUAACAUGUGGAGCAAUGAAUGAUUGGCAAAAGAGAGUUGGUCAAAAUAACCACAUUGCCCAAAUAGAUUGAAGAAGUAGAAGAAGAUGGAGAAUGGGUUUGUAGAAGCUGCUAGAUGGAGGAGAGUGAUGAAGAUUGAAGCAAAAGAUUUCUUAUUUGAAGAGACAAGGAUUAGGGGCCAGCAGAGCUUGAAGAUUAGGGAGGCAAAGAGAGCUACAAUAUUGUUAGAAGGUCUUGAAGUGAUUGAAUGGUUGCAGAGUUUUGUUUCAGAAGCAAGCUCCCAAGGUAAACAACUGAGCUUUAUGAAGUUCAACCUUGAUGAAAGAAAGAGCUACAAAUUGGAAUGCAAAAAGAAUGCAAAAGGAUGCUACAUAACACUGCAGGAAUUCUUUGGAGGAAGAAAGCAGUUAGCUUGCUUCCCAGAAGGUAAAUAGCGUGUAGGAUGGAAGGUAGUGGCAGAGGUACCGAGUGACUUUACUCAGCAGCUGAAAACAAAACAAGUAGAGGCUGCAGUUAACAAAAAGAAAGGGGGUAAUCACAAGAGAAAGGAAGAAACCACUGAUAGGGAUUGGAUGAUUGCAGAAAAAGGAAAAAGAACUUGUAAACUGGUAGCAACAGCAGGAAAAGGAGGAUUGGGGGAAGAAACUUGUGGUUGAAACUUCAAGUCCACCAAGGGAUUGGAGAGGUAUUGCUCAGGCAAUACUCAAAGAAUUAAACCUGCAGAAGCCGAUGGUGAUUAUUCCUUAUGAACCUUGUAAAGCUUUGAUAGAUCUGGGUGAAGAUGAAGUAGAGAUUUCAGCCUUAAACUUUCUUUCUGAGGCUGGUGCUGCUACAGUCUCGAAUUGGUGUCCUCUAUCUAACACCAAAUGCUUUGAGAUUGAAGACAAUGUAGUAGUCAGAGUGCUUGGGUUACCUUUCAAUCUCUGGAAGGAGGAAGUUUUACAGUCAAUAGCUUUAAUCUGUGAUGCAAAAUUAGAAGGUGUUUUUGAUUGUGAUCUCCAUUCAGUUGCAGUGAGGUUAGGUGGUGUUAAAGCCAGUGACAUCCCAAGGAAGAUAGAGGUUGUUUCAGAGGGUUUAGCAUACUCCGUUUGGCUUGCUACCUCCAUUGAAGCCCAGCUUUGGAAGGAAGGAAGAAGGGAGGAAGAUGAAGGGGCAGAACAGGCCUGGUUGCUUGGUAUGCAAGGCAGAGUAGACACUACAAAAGAGGCUAAGUCUUCUGAGGCAACUAGGAAAAAAGAGAAAAGAAAAAAAUUUAACUACUUGGGGAAAGCCUGCUGGGUAGGGUGGGCUAAGGGAUGGCAGGUCCUAUGUUCAGUCGGUGACAGGAGGUUUAAUUGGAGGAAGCUCUGCGCCAGGAGUUCAAAUUUCAAAAAAAACUGAACAAUGGCAGGCAAAGGUUCAGGGGUUAAGCUGGUCUUGUGAGCCAGUCCUUUCUGGUCCUUUGAACCGAGGCCAGUCACAUAUUUCUUUAAGUGAACAUGUGACUGGUAAAGAAGUCGGGGGGCUGGGCUCAGGCCCAUCAAAGAUUAAGGGGCCUUUUCUUGCAAGUGGGCCGGCCUGUUUAAACAGUGUGGACCCAAGUCUUAAAGUGCCACGUGCCAACUUAGGUAGGCACAUAACUAAAGGACUAGAGAGGACAAUGGACCAAAAAAAGGGUCUAUCGUCAUCUCCCACGAGCAAAGCUCUUCUGCUGCUCACAGGGGAGAAAGCUAGCAGCAGCGGAGCGGCAAGUUCGAACUGGGCUUGGGUUCUAAGCAAGAAGAAGAAAGUUUUCUCCUCGGAACGGCACAAUCCGAGGUUCAAGAAGCACUUGUUGACAGUGGAGACAGGGAGUUCCCUCAUUCCGGAGACAGAAAAUCAGGUCUUUACGGACACGGUCGAGAUCUGCGCGACGGAGGAAGAAGGUUCUUCAAGUAUUGGAAGCGUGGAUCUGGAAAAAGCCAAAUCCCUCGGUGCUAAUGAGAGCCUUCACAUUUUGGGACAAGACGACUUGGAUGUUUCAGUUUCAGCUCAGAAGAUGUACUCUCAAUGUCUCUUAUUAUCUAUGGAUUCGGGGUCUACAGAAGAUUUUAUAGAGGAGAGGCAGGGGACACCGGUUCUUAAAUUAGCUCCCAGUUCACUAGAGCAGCACGGCACUGAUAGAGGAAUAGAGGAACAGGAAUUACCUUGGUCACUGAUCACAGAGUUAUCAACAAGGGGACAACUUACAAAUGCAAAUUCUGAUGCAAGGCUUAAAACAAUAUUGGUUGAACACAAUGGGAACCCCCAGUCAUCUUCUUUGGAAGGUUUAGCCGCGACCCAGCCCCUACGCAUUGCCCCUCAAGAGUUUUUGACAUCUUCCCAUAACCAUUCAGGUAAUAUUGUCAAUUCGUUUUAUGGUACUGAUGUGGGUUUCCUGCCUGAAACAGGUACUUCUGCAGCUCAACUUGAUGCAGCAGCCAUGGUUGGAAGGGACAAGGGGGGCAAAGAACAAGAGGAGGUGGUAAGGGGAAGAGAAUCACAGGAAAAGGAGUUAGAGAUGAUCUGGGAUCAGAUCUGUAUGUUUUUGGAGGAGUAUAGGAGAAAAGAGGAAGAGAUAGGGAAGGGUGAGGUUCAAGAAGGUUCAACAAAAACAGGGGAUCAAAGUAGGAAAAAUACAAAGGAUGAAUCAAUUAUGGGAAAGUUGCAGAAUGAGGAAUUAGAGAGGAUUUGGGGACAGAUCUGUGCCCUCCUCGAGGAGUAUAGGCAAAAAGAGGAAUCUUUGGAGGAAAACCAAGACAUUUCGAAAAGGCAAAAUAAAACAAGAACAGUCUUAAGAAGAUCUGGAACUUUUAACAACCGUAGGAAAAAGAAAAUAUCAGAUGUGGAAAGGCUGAUAUCAGAUAUAGAAGAAAAUCUGGAAUUCAGUGGAAGAGGGGAGAGAAGGAAAGCCUCUAAGUAGAGGUCUGACCUUAGAGGGGGAUGCCAAAUCUUUUACUACCAUGAAAAUCAUUAGUUGGAAUGUGAGGGGGUUGGGGAGUGCUAGGAAAAGAAAGCUGAUUAAGGACCUCCUUAGAAGGGAAAGGCCGGAUAUAGUGAUGCUUCAGGAGACCAAACUAGAUGAUAUCGAUAGAAGAUGAGCAAGAAGUAUCUGGAAAUCUAGAGGAAUAAGUUGGGUUCAGCACCUUCUUGGGGGGCUUCGGGGGGAAUUGCUACCUUUUGGAGAGAGGAUACGGUGGAGGUUUUGGAGGAGCUAGUAGGUAAUUUUUCAGUGUCGUUAAAAUUCAAAAUGGUUGAGGAUGGAUUUAUUUGGGCCCUAACUAAUGUGUAUGGACCAAACAAUUACAGAGAAAUGAAUGAACUGUGGGAAGAGCUUUAUGGUAUUCAAGGGCUUUGGGAUGGUCCGUGGUGCUUGGGGGGAGAUUUCAAUGUAAUUCGCUUUAAGAAUGAAUCAAAUAAUCCCCAACAGGUCAUUACAACUAGCAUAUGGAGAUUCAAUGAUUUUAUUAAUAAUUGUGAGUUAAAGGAACUCCCACUGCUGUAAGCUAUCUAUACCUGAUCCAAUUUUCAGGAGGUACCAACCUGCUCCAAAUUAGAUAGGUUCCUUUUCAAUGAAAGUUGGGAAAAUAAGUGGGCGGACUUGUUAACAAGGGCUCUACCUAGAGUCGCAUCUGAACAUUGCCCCAUUAGCCUAGGACAGGAGCCUUUUAGGCAAGGACUUCGACCCUUUAGGUUUGGGAACAUGUGGUUGACUCACCUAGACUUUGUGAAGAAGGUUGAGGAAUGGUGGGGAGAAGAUCUAAGGGGGGUGAAGUGGAAAGGGGUAAGAUUCCAUAAAAAACUAAAAAGAUUGAGAGCACAUGUGAAGGAUUGGAAUAGGGAGCAUUUUGGGAG